CGGAGGAGGUGCCGUGUGAAGGGAUUGUAUCAGGCUGUCUGCACCUUGGGGCUUUUCCGUGUUGAAGCCAUGGUAUCCCUGUUCCUUGAAGAAACAGCUGAGGCGGGGAGCGGCAGCAGGCGGAGCGGUUACUGUGACGGGAAACUGUUGGUGUAACACCCCAAGCGCCUAAUGACUGGGUUGUAAGAACAAGGGUUUGCUUUCAGUGCUUUAGUAAUUUCAUGCUUCAAAACCUUUUGGGCAUUUUUCUGGAUAGUUGUACGACUCUCUCCGCUGAUGUCCUUCGCGUAGGCCUUGAACGUCUUGAAUCCAAGUUGUCCUUCGGUGUGUGUGUGUAUGUGUUAAAUACCGAUCCAGGCAGGCAGUCCCAAAGAAGUUAAAACAAAUGGAUUUUGGAAUGGCAUGCAGCUUAAUGGGUCUAUUUGUAUACCAUUUUCUGUUAUAUAAUAAGUGUAUUUUGCCUGCAUUUUUAAGUACAUGAAAUUAAUUGCCUUAUAUAAGCUUCUGAAAAACUUUUACAAUGUUAAUAAUUAAGAAUCUUUAUGAAUAUUGUAACUAUAUCGGUAGAUAUAUUUAAAUAAAAUAACACCUAGAUAGCAUUUGCUGUUAUUGAAAAAUUAAACAUGUUUAGAUCUGAUCAGUCCUUCUAUAGGAGGCUUCCAGAAAAUCCCAGUGCUAUAAUUUAGAUUGGAAAAUCAAACAUAUUGAAAGAAGACAUUAGCUAACAAUUUCUGUAUUGUUGAAAGAAAAUGACAAGUUCAAUUUUUAGUAGCUUUACAUUUUUCAUCAGCAAUAAUUUUGAUUCAGUACCUUUUAUCUUUCUGGUCCAUUUCAUCUUAACUUUGAAGUGCAUGCCAAGGGAAGUAGCUUUAAUAUUUUUGUAUCAGAAUGAUUGGGAUUUAUUGUUUUGAGGACACAUGUUCUUUUCAUCAAUUUGUAAGCUAUCAAGUUUUUGUUCCACAAUGUUAAGCAGACAGUAAUUUCCAUUACUUAAAAUAAUUUAAUGUAAUAUCAAAUAUUUUUCAGUUAAAUUUUGUAACUUGAAAUAUAAGUAACACUAGAAAAUAUAUAUUAAUGAUUUUUUCUUUGUUUAUAGAUAUUUAGAAUCAGUUUGGAAUCCAGAUUAAACAAAGAUGUUUUGCCAUUGGUUGACAGUAAGGAGGUUAUAUUUCAAGAAACUACAAUUGCAGGCAAGAGCAUUAUCUGGGGCUGAUGCUAUAAAUGCUCUGCGACCAUUCUAUUUUGCAGUACAUCCAGAUUUUUUUGGUCAGCAUCCCAGAGAAAGGGAAAUCAAUGAAAAUUCUCUGAAAAGAUUAAAUGGGUAUUUGGAGAAUCUCCAGAAACCAGGCUUCAGGUCAUUUAAACCAACUCGACUCACUUUUUAUGUACGAGAGAGAGAACAAAGCCCUUCCAGUGUCCAAGAAUCAUUUGGUGCUGCAGGAUUUCGAGCAGUGAGUUUUACUUUGCAUACCAGAGACUUGUUAAGCACAGUAUUAGAUAUCUUGAACUCCUGCAGUUUAUCUACGGAUCAUGUCCAAAGCUUGAACGGCAGUGUAAAUACUCAGGAAACCAAAAGAAUGUUUCACAGGCCUAUUAAAUGGGACAAGACAUACUAUUCUUUUACUGGAUUCAAGGAUCCUGAGGAAGAACUGGAGCAAGCCCAGAGGAUGGAAACCACCCUGAGCUCCUGGUUAGAUAAUAAUGAAAAAAGUGCCACAAAGAAGCUGGAGGACAGCUUACCACUCAGAAAAGAAUUAGAUCGUUUGAAAAACGAACUGUGUCAGCAGUUGCAGCUCUCUGAUAUUAGGUGGCAGAGGAGUUGGGGUAUUGCUCAUCGAUGUAGCCAGUUACAUAGCCUAAGUCGCUUAGUGCACCAGAAUCCAGAAGCACCUAAGCAUGCUAAAGGACAAACAGUGAUAUUUACAGACCGCUCAGGAAUGAAUGCAACAGGCUAUGUUAUGCUAGGAACAAUGGACGUUCAUCACCAUUGGACCAAAAUUUUUGAGAGGUUACCAAGUUACUCUACACUGCAAAAAAAAGUGCUAUUUCUAGAGGAGCGCAUUAGCCAACUUUUGGGAGGCAUACAAAUAACUUAUGUUGAAGAGCUUCAGCCAAUGUUGACAAUUGAAGAGUAUUACUCUAUUCUUGACAACUUUUAUGAUCAAGUGCAUAAUAAGAGACUUCCAUUUCACCCUAAUAGUCUGCGUGGAUUGCAAAUGAUUCUAGAAAGUGACAGAUAUGCACCAAGUCUUCAUGAACUUGGUCACUUCAUCAUCCCAGUAGUGUGUGAUCUAGUAACUCUCCAGUGGUUUAUCAUGGACAAAAAUCAACAAGCAAGAGAAAAACUGAAAAUAAAAGAAGAGUCCAUACUACUAGAAAAGAAGCUGAUCAAGGCUGCCACAGAAAAAUUUUGUCUUCGACAGCUAUAUAAAGAACCCAGUGUUUCCAGUGCACAGAUGAUUCAUUCAUGCAGCAAUCUAUUAGGAGAAUCAUUGCCAUAUUUGCAAGGUAUGCAUCUCUGCAUUUCCCAUUUCUUUUCUGUUCUGCAAGAUGGAGAUAUCUGUAUCCCUUGGAACUGGAAAAACUGAAAUGCUGCUAUACUCAAUGUAAAAGAGAACAAAUGUUAUUUAUGCAUUGGUAUAAAUUUCUAAAUUGGAUAUUUUGCGAAGUAAAUUAUGAACAAAAAUUCCAUGCCAGUAUUAGGAAGCAAUGCAUAGCAUUUCCUUGGAUUUUUCUGCUGUUCAGAAAAGUAUUAUGUCUGCGGGGGGGGUUGUUUUUUUUUGUGCGUGUGUGUGAGACUAUAUAUUUAAAGAGGGUUGAAUCUCUCCAUUGUUGCAUAUGACUGGGUUUCAAGACUGUAAUAAAACUGUAUAAUGGGGAAUGAGGUAUAGAAACUUUGAAUGUAAUCCAGGUAGCACACAAAUGUGAAUCUUACGUGUGUGUGUAUGUGUGUACGUACAUACAUACAUACAUACAUACAUACAUACAUGC